AUGAGGGAGCUACUAACUCCUGUGGAGGAUUUCGAUAUCGAUUACGUGCUCGAGAACGCCUCGUCGCUGGAGAAGAUUUCCCUCCUUGCGGGCCAUGACUUCUGGCAUACAGCUCCCCUACCGCGGUUCAACGUUCCGUCAGUCAGAGUGAGCGACGGCCCCAACGGUGUUCGAGGGACCAAGUUCUUCGACGGCGUCCGUGCGGCCUGCCUUCCCAAUGGCACCGGCCUCGCCGCCACAUGGGACCCUGAUUUGCUUUACGAAGCCGGUGUUCUCAUCGGCCAAGAAUGCCUGGCCAAAGGGGCUCAUUGCUGGCUAGGGCCGACGGUGUGCAUCCAAAGGUCGCCUCUCGGGGGCAGAGGCUUCGAGUCUUUCGCGGAGGACCCUUAUGCCACCGGCAAACUGGCCGCCGCCUACAUCCGAGGUGCCCAGUCGACUGGCGUUAUAUCCACCAUCAAGCACUUCGCGGCAAAUGACCAGGAGCAUGAGAGAAUCAGCGUCAAUGCUGUCAUGAGCGAGCGAGCCUUACGCGAAGUUCACCUAUUGCCCUUCCAGAUCGCCAUCGCAGAUGCUGCUCCGGGCGCAGUCAUGACAUGCUACAACAAGGUUAACGGACAGCAUGUCUCGGAGAGUAAGGAAAUGCUAAAUGGCCUCUUGCGUGGGGAAUGGGGCUGGAAAGGCCUCAUUAUGAGUGACUGGUUUGGAACAUACUCGACCGCAGAGCCUCUCAAUGCCGGCCUUGACCUGGAGAUGCCUGGUCCCACGAGGCUUCGAGGCCCCUUGUUGGAGCUUGCGAUUUCGAGCCGCAAAGUCUUCCGCUCAACGCUUGACGAGCGCGCCAGGACCGUACUCAAUUUUGUCCAGCGAGCCAGCAAGGCCGAGGUUUCGGCCAUCGAGAGCACACGAGACUUUCCCGAGGAUCGCAAGUUGAAUCGCAAACUUGCUUCCGAUAGUGUUGUCCUCCUUAAGAACGAGUCGGGGCUUUUGCCUCUGAAUCAGAAGACGUUCAAAAGUAUCGCCUUGAUAGGGCCAAACAUGAAGACUGCAGCGUUCUGUGGGGGAGGUUCUGCGUCCCUUCAGCCCUAUUACAGCGCGUCGCCAUACCAGGGAAUCGUUGAUCAGCUACCUGCGGACGUCGAGAUCCUCUAUGAGACAGGCGCCACCUCGUUUGCUUACAUCCCGGAGCUGCAGGCGUCAGAUGUGCGUACGCCCGAAGGCCGGCCUGGGCUUCGAAUGCGCUUCUACCGCGACCCGCCCUCGAUCAAAGAACGGCGCGUGGUCGAGGAAAUCAUCAUGCAGGAGUCUUCAUGGCAACUAAUGGGCUUCUCAAACCCGGAACUGGAUCGGCUCUUCUACGCAGAUAUUGAAGCUGAGCUGUUUGCUCCCGCUACGGGUCCUUUUGAAUUCGGCGUUGCUGUCUAUGGAUCUAGUAGCCUCUUCAUCGAUGACCAGCUUAUAAUCGAUAAUACAACUGUGCAGCGAGGGGGCAAUUUCUUCUUCGGCAAAGGUACCCUGGAGGAAAAGGCCACUGUGGAUCUUAUCGAAGGACAGCUGUAUAAGAUCAAGGUGCAAUUCGCCAGUGGCGCCUCAUCCAAGCUCGUGAAACCUGGUGUUGUCAACUUCGGUGGCGGCGCUGGUCGCCUCGGCAUGGUUCAAGUUGUCGAACCAGAGCUGGCCAUCAUCCGAGCCGUCGAGGUUGCGAGGCGUGCAGAUGUCACAAUACUAGCUGUUGGACUGACGCGAGACCACGAAUCAGAGGGAUUCGAUCGGUCUCACAUGGAUCUCCCCCCUGCCGUUUCCUCCCUCAUCACAGCUGUUCUUGACGCGGCGCCUGACGCUGUCUUCUUAACCCAGAGCGGCACGCCUUUCAACAUGCUGCCUUGGGCAAAUACUGUAAAGACACAUCUACACGCUUGGUUCGGUGGUAACGAGCUAGGCAAUGGCAUUGCGGACGUGCUAUUCGGUGUCGUCAACCCCAGUGGAAAACUACCUCUUUCUUUCCCUCGACGAAUCGAAGACACACCGACAUUUCUCAAUUUCGGAAGCGAGAGAGGUCAAGUCAUAUAUGGCGAGGGCAUCUACGUUGGUUACAAAUACUACGAAAAGGUCCUUCUAGAUGUGCUCUAUCCAUUUGGGCACGGUUUGUCAUAUACUUCCUUUGAAUAUUCUGACUUGAUUGUCGGCACCACGUCCGCCACGCUCAAUAUUCGUAACUCCGGAGACGUUGCUGGAGCAGAAGCAGUCCAGCUGUAUAUCGCUGCAGACCCAACAACGUCGUCAAUCGCACGCCCAAUAAAGGAGCUUAAAGGGUUUACAAAAGUGUAUUUACAGCCAGGUGAGAUGCGAAGUAUCAGCAUACCAUUUGAUCGAUUCACUACUGCAUUUUGGGACCAGGAAGCACACGUCUGGAUGUGCGAAACGGGGCGGUAUACAGUAAUGGUUGGGUCGAGCAGCCAAAACAUUCUCCUGGAAGGUGUGCUGGAGAUGAAGGAGACGACAACUUGGUCAGGCCUGUAA